AGUAUGUAGUGUGUGCUGUCAAGAUGGCGCCGGGGAUCAUGCUGCGAUGAGGCCGUGCGUGCAGUGCGGGGACAACUUCGGCAGUGAGGACGCACUGAAGGAACAUGCGGACGCGGAGCACCCGAGCUGCGAAGUGUGCAACUCGACAUUCCUGAACGCGGAGUCAUACGACGUGCACAUAGCCCGCAAGCAUCUCGGUAUAGGAGACUCCAAAAACGCGAAGGAAAAGGCCGCGAACCUGCGCGCGUUGGCCCUGGGCCAGGACCCGCCGUACCGGUACCGGUACCGGUACCCGCCGAAGCCAAUACAGAAAAAAUAUAAUCAGUGCUGCGAGCACUGCGGGAAGAUGUUUGCGAACUCCUUCCAACUCCGCAGUCACUUGAGGAGGCACACGGGAGAGAAGCCGUUCGCCUGCGAUCACUGCCCCAAGCGGUUCGACUUGAAAGCUAAAUUAGUGCAACACAUGGCAGUGCACACCGGGGAGAAACCCUACAAGUGCGAGCUGUGCGACAUCCCAUUCACGUUGAAAAGCAACCUAAUGCGACAUGUGCGCAUCGUGCACAUGGGAAUCCGCAAGAAUUCCGAUUGUGACAUCUGCGGUCGCGUGUUCACAACACCGUACACCAUGAGGAUGCACGUCCGCACCGUCCACAACGGCGAGCCGUGGCCCAAACGCGCUCCGAGGAAGAAGAAACCACAACAAUAUACUACAGAAGAGAUACAGACUAAUUCACAAGAUGAACAUAUAGAAGAGAUUGUAGAAGAAAUAGAAACUGAGGAAAUAUAUUAA